AUGCAGCUCGCACUCAACUUCCUAGCCCUCCAAGCCCUGGUGGCGAGCGCCGUCUCGGCGGCCUCGCUGCACACCCGUCAGACCAACCGCGUCGCCAACGACACCACCCCCGUAGCGUCCAUCAGCCCGUCCGACCCGUUCCCGACCAACGUCGGCUACCCUGGCACGCGCAAGUACGGCCCGCCCCCCUUCCUCGCCGUCACCGAUCGCAAGGAGGGUCAGCUUUCCACCUCGAUCGACACACGCUGGACUCCCAUUGACGCCGAGCCCAGCUGCGACUUCAACAUCUUUGAGCAUCUCGGGAACGAGUCGCCCUACUUUAGCUCGCCGAUCUUCUCUUCGUUCCAGCAGUCUCACUCGGUUCUGCCGGAAGGCUGCACCGUUGAGCAGGUGCACAUCCUGCACCGCCACGGAUCGCGAUACCCGACCUCGUCGACGACCGAAGGAGCGCCCUACUUCGGUGCGGUUAUCGCCAACGUCUCGCGCCUCACCAACCCUUCGAGCAACUUCUCCGCCAGCGGUCCGCUGAGCUUCUUGAACAGCUGGAAGUACGAGCUGGGUGCCGAGGUGCUCAACGCGGUCGGUGCGCAGCAGCUCUUCGACUCGGGUGUCCACCACUACUACCAGUACGGCAAGCUGUACAACGAGACGCACAAGCCGGUGAUCCGCACCACGAGCCAGCAGCGUAUCCUCGACAGUGCGCGAUACUGGACGCUCGGCUUCUUCGGCUGGGACGCUCCGUCCAAGUACAACCUCGAGAUCAUCCUCGAGGGCGGCGAUGGACUGGGCACCGCAGGCGCGUUCAACAACACCUUGGCUAGCUACGAUACGUGCAACAACAGCGAUACGAUCACGGUGGGUGACACCUACCUUCGACCUACGUGGGACGCCAUCUACCUGCCCAAGCCGCGCGACCGCCUGCAGCAGUACGUCUCCGGGCUCGAGCUGACCAACGAGAUGGUGUACGGCAUGCAAUCUCUCUGCGCCUACGAGACGGUUGCGUUGGGCUACUCGAACUUCUGUGGCCUGUUCACCAAGGACGAGUGGGAAGGCUUCGAGUACGAUCUGGACCUGCAGUUCAACGGUGAUUAUGGCAUCAUGAGCCCUAACGGCAAGGCGCAGGGUAUCGGAUGGGUCAACGAGUUCCUCGACAGGCUCGAGAAUGCCACCUGGAACGCAGCGACGAUUACGACCGAGAACAGCACGCUGGAUAGCAACCCGACCUACUUCCCGCUCAACCAGAGCAUGUACGUCGAUUUCACGCAUGACGAUAUCAUCGUCUCGGUGCUCACGGCGUUGAACUACACCCAGGUGGUCGGCGACUUUUUGGAUCCCACCUACGCCGAUCCCAGCCGAACGUUCGUGCUCAGCCACAUCACGCCGUUUGCAGCGAGGCUCGUGUUCGAGGUGGUCAGCUGCAAGGGCAAGAGGUACGUCCGCACCAAGCUCAACGAGGCUGUCAUUCCGUACAGCGGCGCCGAGGGUUGUCCGGCUGGAAAGGCGCUUUGCCCCAUCGAGAGCUUUGUCGGCUUUCAAAAGGAAAACGCGUACAAGGACGCCAACUUCAACAAGGCCUGCUUUGGGGUCAACGGCACCGAUUUCACUGUCACUGGACCUGUCCGCAACGGCACUGUCUACUAG